AUGAAGUUUAUGGUGGACAGUUGGGUAGAACAGCAGUCAACAACCUUCACUAAUGCAGCUCUGACCGACCUCCGGAUUGUCGGGAAUCCUGUGCACACUGUGAAGCAAGUGUGUAUUGCUUGGACGGCCCGGGGCUUCCUGAACCAUAUGCGACAACUCCCCCGUGGGGAACCUGUGUGCUUGACAGUGGACGGCAAGCAAAGGAUUGCUACCUCAGGUGCGGUGGUUGCGACGGUUGGAAUAAUGGGGACAAGCCACACACCGCGCAAUACGACACUUGAUCGAGAGCAUUGCGGGAAGAAAGUGCAGAUGCAGCUGAGAACGAGCACGGUGCAGCCUUUGAUGCAAGCUUAUAUUGACUGCGAGUCGAAUGAAAAUUGGACCUGGGUUUUUGAAGCCGCGGUUGAGCUUGUGCAAAAGGAGUUUGCUAUUGAUCUGCCAGAGCGCGUGAUACAGGUACAAGCAGACUUCAAUGAUUCCAUUGAAGCUGCUCGGAGGCACGUCUUCCCCAAAUCAAGGCCCGCAAACGACUACCCCCACAUGACGCGGGCCACUCACGCAACGCUGAGCAAGAAAGCCUUAGCUGGGUGGCGCGACCGUGUGCUCCGUGUUGUGCGCUGCGCAAGGCAUUUGCCCACACUGGAACUGUUCAGCGCUGUUUGGUGCCAGUUUAUGUCGGAGCUAGAAGCCAGUGGCCAAAAGGAGGUGGUGGGCUACCUGCGGAGAGAGUACAUUCGAGAGGUCAGUGUGGGGACUGUCUCCAAGAUGUUCAAGCUACACCCAAGCUUGGAGCCAAAGUUGCUGUGGGCAGAUUACUGGGCUGGUGUUUUUGGAACACACCCGGGGUCAGCGACAGGCACGCAAACCUUAGAGGCCUUUCAUAGCUUCUGGCAGCGCCGCAUUCAAGAUCAAGCUCGAGCUGCUCCCAACAGGAUACUGGAAAUCAUGCAAGGACUAUAUGCUGGGCCGUGGAAAGUUUGGAUGCUUGAGGAUCAAGGUUUGCCGUGCCUGCUCUGGCCCGGGCAUGUGGAACAGGUGUUUGUGAAAGGAGACUCCUUGCGCCGCUUCGGGCAAAAUUCUGCCCAGGAGUAUUGGGAUGCCCACGCACGAGGGACUGUGAACUUCCAACGUGUUGAGAAAGACAAAGAGAAGUCCACAUUUUGGGUCAUGCGUGCACAAGCGACCGAGAAAGAAGCGGCCGCAGAUGCCACGGUGUCCAAGGCCUGUGCUGAGCACCUCGUGCGACUCUUACUAACAGGCGGCGGGGAUUUGCGCGCCUUGCUUAAGGAGAGCAAGGUGUUUCAAAGUACCGCGGACGGAGAAAAGCUAAGCACAACUGACCUCGAAUUGCUGUUUCAUGUCCAUUGUGUUGUGGUUGCUGGUGAAUUUCCGUCGCGGUAUUUGCCCCGCUGUUAUGGAAAGAGCCGGAAUGCGGCCAGAAGGGUCUGCACGUGCUCUACAUUUGUCCAGAAGGCAAACUGCCCGCAUGUAUGGUAUGUGGCAGCUUUGCAGGGGGAUAUCAACUUGGAUACAAUCCCCGCCCGGGCAAAGCCGGGCCGAAAGCGGAAGUCCAGCGGCCGCACGCCGGACCCAAAGCGGCCGCGCGAAGUGGGGCGAUAA